AUGCCAGCGGUAAAAGCAAGGAAAGGGGCGUCGAGCCGCAAAAAGCCCAGCCGAAUGGGGCUGCCGAUGAGCGCCGAAGGAGAAAGACCAGUGGAUCUGGUUACGCAUAUCACACGACAAUCGCAGAAACAACGACAGAUGGUGUUCGAUCAAGUCACCGCCGCAUCUAGGAUCAACUGUAAAGGAUUUCUAGAGAAUCGAGCGCACAAUCGUGUACCAGUACCGAUUCAUGAGAAGAAGCGAGUGCUGCUUACAGUGGUGAAGGAAGGCGAUGGCGAGUAUUUCCCAGCGACGUACGCAUGUUGUGAACGUGAUGAUUACAUCCUCACACAGGCACCAACGAAAGAAAACUAUUGCGAUUUUUGGCGAAUGGUUUGGAGGGAUAGUUGCAAAAUUUGUGUUUCAUUGAGUGAAAAGUUGAGCGAUUCCGAUGGAAAACUGUGUUAUCCAUACUGGCCAACGGAACAAGAUGGAAAAUUGGAAAUACAAGGGAGUCGUUUUGUGAUAAAAUGCCAAAAGAAGACUGAUUUCAAAGGGUACACUAUAUAUGACCUAAAAUUGAACAGCACGGAUCCUUCAAUUGAUGCAUCGAGUGGAAACAAAAGUGUGCAGAAAGACCAGGCAGAUGACGAACACUCGGAAGACAAAAAUUCUCGACCUAUAACGCUCAUGCAUUUCGAAAGGUGGCCAACAGACUCGUGGCCGGAUCUAGACUUACUUGGACCGUUCGUGCAAACACUAUCAAAAAAAGAGAUUCAGAUUAUGCGGAAAUCACUGGAUAAUUACGUACCGCCUGUCGUUAUACAAAGUCAUGAUGGGCUUGGAAGGGCGCCUAUUAUAUGGGUGUCGACAAUUCUAAUGAAGGAUAUAGAAAAGAAGGAGUGUUUUGAUGUCGAAGAUCUCGCGAAGAAAUGCGUAAGAGCUCGACCAGGCGCGUUUUAUAAAAAGAUUCAUUUCUGCGUCUUGAUAGCUCUGGCAUUCCGACUUUCAUCUCUGGGCGGUUGGACUGCACUCGCAGACGCCCGUGCUAAAAUCAAGGACAUUGAACAAGCCUAUCAAGCGAGUUUGAAGAAGUGA